CGCCGUGUUAGGGUCACUCAUCACUGUACAGCUUACACCCGCUUCCGCUAAAACCCCCCAAAACCUCCCCAAAGCCUUUCAUGGUUUAAGCCGAGCAGGAGAAAAAAGUAGUGAAAAUGGCAACUUCAAGGCUGUUCACUCUCCUCGGACCCUCAUUUCUUCGCAGCUCGCGCAGCUGUCCUCAAGUUCCAUCCUUGAAUUUCAACAGAAGCUGCCUCACCCCUUCCCUGCGGUUCGAGCGGUACAGUUCCUCAGCGUUGGCGCUCGAUUCCGGUUCUUCUACACUCAGUGAUGCCCCUCCUCCUGCGGUUCUUGCUCACCCGUGGCCCGAAUGGGUUAACUUUGUCGACCGAUUGAAGGCCAAGGGCUACCUGACUCAAAAUGGCGCCGUUUCCGAUCAUGGAGGUGGCGGCGGUGGCAUCAGUGAUGGUGAAGGGCUUUUCGAUUAUACGGAUAUGAAGUUGGUUAAAGACGCAUGCUUGAGCUUUGGGCGUGAUCGUUAUGACAUUUUCAAGUCGUUAUCCAGCCAAGACAUACAAAUAAUCGUUGAGAAGGGCUGUCCGAAUCUUUUCAGAAAGGCAGUUAAUUCAGCAAAGAGGCUGAGAGCUUAUCUUGACCUCGAUGAAGGAGAUGUUUGCAGUUCUUGCAAUCUGCGUGGAUCAUGUGACAGAGCAUAUGUCAUUCUAAACGACUCUGAAGCUGCGGUGCCACGUACAGUAGAUGUAGUUCGUAUCUUAUUGCUCUAUGCAUUGGACCCUGUUGUUAUUUCUGGUGAAAAUAAGCCUUCAAGUCCAGGUAGAGAGCUUCUUGAAUCAUCCGUGAAGAAGUUGCUGUCUCAGUUGAUCGAGCUGGGUGAUACACAUCGUGAUCCAGAUCUUCCAAAACCUGCUACUGUCACUUCUCAAAGGAAGAAGCAGCCUAAUGAUUUACCAGUCAAUAUAAGCUCAAAACAUGUUGAAAUGAAGAGUGGAGAUUGGGUGUGCAAGAAGUGCAACUUUUUGAAUUUUGCCAGAAAUACACGAUGUCGACAAUGUGACCUAGAGGUAAACAAGGGCGUACCCAAUGCUGAAACUAAAAUGAAAAAAGGAGACUGGAACUGCCCAAGUUGUUCGUUCAUGAAUUUUGCAAGCAAGAGGCAGUGCUUACGCUGUCAAGCGCCUCGCCCUCAGAGGCAGCUGAAGGAGGGGGAUUGGGAGUGCCCCGACUGCGAUUUCAUGAAUUUCAGCAGGAAUGCCACCUGCAAGAAAUGCAAUCACAAAAGGCCUGUGGAGAACGCCGUGGACCGGGGAACCUGGAAGAAGCCUUAUUAAGUUGCCUAAUCUCUAAUAAGUAAACCCUUUUUAAGUUGACAUGAAACUGCGUUUUCCAUGAAUAUUGAAUUAUAUUUGNAUG